CCAGUUAUUAUAGGUCUACGACUUGUUCGGCGUUAUUAUGCGUAUCCUACACUCGCGAUGUAAUGUAUCAAUACAGGUAUUUCGGUAGUAGCUGGUGUCUAUACUAGGUAACCGUGUGGAUAGUGAUAAAUAAUGGUGAAUGUAUUACGUACCGAAGAGUUACCGACUCCGUUCGUAGAAGUGUACGCGACAGAUUACCUGUAUAGUUUAUACCGUGUCCGAAUGUCCGACUACGAAGAGCGUAUUACCCACGAUAAAAAAACGUAAUUAGGGUUGGCGAGACUUGAAGCACCAUUGCCCCCGGAUGACGGGUAAAGUAAUUGAGGUAGCUUCACAAAAGCUUUACCUAGUGCGUCAAAACUCAACACAUUUUGGGUUAUUUCAUAAUAGGUAUCGUAUUAAAAAUCGAAUACAGGCAUAUACGACCGCAAUGACAAUGAUUGAAUAAAAUAUUAGCGUCAUCCGGUUCACAAUAGUUGAUCAUGUUAUUGUUUUUUUUUUUCAAAAAUGGUCGUGCAAAUAUUCUCUAGUAUCCGGUUUCCAAAUUCCAUAAGCGGUACAAACCGGACGUGCAUCAUGCUUCUAUCCACAUAGGAGAUAUCAUCGCGUUAUAUAUACAAGCAUAUGUGUAAUAUGUCUCAAAUCAUGCCGAGUUUUCAGAACAUAAUGUUAAAGAAAAAUUAAGUGGUCACUAGUGCAGUGCUUGAUAUUUUUAAUUUGUUUCUUUACGUAUUUAAACAACACAAAUUCGUCCAAUAUAUCGUUCUACGUUCUUGAUAAUACAAUGUUUAACAUUGUUUGGUUUGGAGCGUUGCUCUUAUUUGGUACUUGUUUAACAAACGCACAAAAUCCAAGUAUUUUAGUGCAACCUGGAGGUUAUCCGUCUAACGUUUUAUCUAUAAAUAUCAAUACUAAAAAAUGUAUUCAUACCGUUAGUGAUCAUUUUUUAAGUAUUGCACUUGAACCAUCAACUUUAUUUUCGGCAUUGCAAAAAAACCUUGGAUCAGCCACCAUUAACAUGGCUAAAAGCUUAAAUCCAGCGUACAUAAGGAUAUCUGGUCCAGAAUGCAAUUUUUUUAAGUUUCAAGGAGGUGAAGACAUUUCGAAAUUGUCACAAACCCAUCCCGUAAGACAAGGGAGAAACAAUAUAACGAUUACUGGCUGGCAUUGGUCACAAUUAAAUGAAUUUAUUGCCAAAACUGGAUUGGAUUUAAUUGUUGGCUUAAAUGUUAUGAAUAGACAACACGGAUCGUGGGAUCUUAGUAAUACCUUAGAUCUUAUAUCAUAUUCGGAUAAACAUGGUUAUAAUAUGGCGUUCCAAAUUGGCAAUGAUAUUCAAAUGAUUGGAUCACGUAUCGAUGGUUUGUCACUUGGUAAGGAUGCAAACAGAUUACGUAAAGUACUUGAAGCGUUCCCUAGGUACAUGAAUUCUCUAAUUAUGGGCCCUGACGUUAGAUCGUGUGAAACUCAAGAAGAAGCUCGGUAUUUAAAGAAUUUUAUUAUAGAAUCUGGUCCUUCACUUUCUGCAAUAUCAUACCAAGUACCAUUUUCAAGUGAGAAAAAUAUUGAGAAUCCCGGCGAAAUAUUUAGUUACAUACAAAAUCAAAUGGAAGCUCGAGUGUGGCAAAAAGAUUUGACAAACAAAUACCUAGGAAAAAUAGCCACGAAGAAACCAUUAUGGAUUGUAGAAUCGGGAACUAAAGAUAGAAAAGGAGAUUUCAUGGAUGGAUUAGUUUGGGCACAAAGACUAUGCGCAGGUGCUCGAGUUGGAAUAAAUACCAUUAUGAGGAAACCAUCGUUAUCAUCGCUAAGUGAACCAACUGCAGAUUAUUGGGUAUCAGUUCUUCACAAAGCUUUGGUUGGACCAGAAGUUUUAGACAUCAAGAUUUCGUCUGGAAACAAAACACGUUUAGAAACAGUUACCCAUUGUACGAAAAUGUCACCAUACGACCCCAAUGAAGGAAUAUUAGCCCCUGAAUACCGAUAUAAUAGGGGAGCAGUUGUAGUUUUUGGUGUAAAUAUGGGAUUAGAAACAGUAAAAAUAUCAUUGAAAACAGGACAAAUACAAAGUUUACCAUUACAUCAAUAUUUCUUGACUGCUAACAAUAGACAAACCAAAAGAGCAUUAAAGUCUUCGUCUACUAUGCUUAAUGGACAAAAAUUGAUUUUAUCACCUGACGGUGAUCUUCCGAUUAUAUCACCAAAAGUUCGAAUAUCCAACCAAUUGAUAACUAUUCCCAGUCAUUGCGUAUUUUUUUUAGUAUUACCAGAUAGUAAAUCAAAGGCAUGUACAGUGGUUCAGAUCGAAGAAUUGAAAGAUUCUUAUAAAAAUGGAGUCAAGGUUUUAGAUCAAGAAGAAAUUGACGAAACCGACUACAAUACACCAGUAUUAGAUCAAGAAGAUGAAUCGGUAUCAAAUGAAAAACAAAUGUAUGUUGCAUUCCGUCCUAAAUAUAUUAAAACCAAUGAUGAAUUUAUGGUUGAAAGACGAGAAAUGUCUCAACAAAACAAUGAAGGCUCUCCUAAUAUUGAAAACUUGCAACAAUCUGAACCACUGGUAAAAUAUGUCACAUUUUCUAAUAAUAAUUGGCUUUCUAAAUUCCCAAAAACAUUAAAUAAUCGAGAAUAUUCUGUGGAGUCUCCGACAUUUUCUUCAACCGAAACUACCACAGUAGAAAUACAAACAGAAAGAAGUCCACCACCUCCUCCUCAAAGCAGAAGAGAAAAAUAUCACAUUCUCGCACAAGCAGUUGCCGGUAAAAGAUAUCCAGAUAAAAACAUCCGAUCAGAUUUAUACUCUAAUUUAGAUUCUGCUUUAUUAUCUCUUAAACCUUCUCAAAAGUUAAAAUUAGUAAAAAGAUCAGCGGAUAACACAGAUUUUAGUUCAAAAGAACUAGAUGCCAUUAUUAAAGAAUUUACAAACAAAGAAAUAUUGCCAGUGGAUCCAUUUUUAAAAACUGACCAUUCUUCUUCUGAAAUAUCUAUUAAAUCUAAUGAGGAUCGUAUGAAAACACAUGAUCGUUAUAAAAAAGAAUAUACAAUAAUAAACACUGAACUUCCCGAAGUAAAAAAAUCGGAAUUUACUUCACAAACAGUACAACAAACCACGAUUACAUCAACUCCUCCAAUGUCAACUGCAGCUGUAAAUAAACAUCAUGCAAAUCACGAUAGUUAUGUUCAAAAAAUUAAAACCAGGGCAGAACAAGCUUUAGCCAAAGCAAACGAAAAAAAUGCUCAAAAAAUUAAAGGGAGAAGACAGCACGAUAAAUUUAAGGAGGAAGUUAAAAAUCUUACUGUACAAGACUUAUUAAUUGAAAAGCCGAUAACGAAAAGUACAAAAUUAAUUACUGAAAAAUUGUCAAUGAUUACAAGUACACAACCAAUAACCACCAAUACAGAACAACUGCCAAGUAAAGAGAACAUAACUAACUUGAUUGAAAAAAUAAGAUAUAACCGCCAAACGAAUAGUACAACUACGGAUGGAAAUAUUAAAAUAGGAAGACCUCGAAUCAGUUUGAAAUCGAAAAAAUAUAUCAACCAUUUAGAUUUGGAAAAUGCCAAAACUACUCCAAUAAGUUCUCCAAUAACCGAAAUAACUCAUUUUGAACCUAAUACUACAGAAAUGCCCAUCAAAAACACUAUAAAAUUGAGGACUUUCACAUCUGUACCAAAAACUUUGAACUUUGCCAAACCUAGAGUUAUAGAUAUAGCAGAAAUAAAAAAUGGUAAAUCAAUAAUAAGAGAAAGUCGUGAAACAACACAACAACCAUCACCAAAAUUUAAAAUCAAAUCAGUUUUACAUCCUUUAGGGAAAGUAAAAACUCCACCAAAUGUCGAUAUGGAUCAAAUUGUAACCAAUGAAAAAAUCACGGAAAGAUUAGUUGAGAAUCUUAGGGAUGGGAAAAAAAUAUUACAAUCCGAACAUAUUGUUAGUCCAGUAAAAAAGAAUGAGGAAAAUAAACUUGAAAGUAAAACUAGUUUAUCGGCAGCUGUUAAAAUUAAAGCGUUAGAAGAAAAAUUAAAAAAUCGUAGAAUAGAAAUAGAACAAAAACUUCAACAAAAAAUUCACAAAGUCAAGCGGUCUCCGAAAAACAGCAUGAUUGAAGAUGACACUGAACCAGCCUUGGAACAUAAAAUUAUUAGGUAUCCCCGGUCGGUAGCUGACUUUACAGUUAAACUGAAUGAAGUGAAUACAUAUGUAGACAAAAUCAAGCAUACUAUAGAUCCAAAAAACAACGAAGUCACAGAAGACAGCUCUAUGGACUGGAAAAAUAAAAACGAAAUGAAUAUUUUAUCAGAAGACAGCGGUCUUGACAAUAUAAACAUUAAAUUAAAACGUAAAUCUAUUUUUGAGGAUAUAGAUGAUGAUGAUUAUAAUAAGAUGACUAUUAAUAUGGUCAAUAAAUUGAUUAGCCAUAUGCAGACAUUUUGGAAGUAUUUAAAGAAAACAUUCCAAUUUUAAACCAAUAUGUUAAAACAAUAAUACAAUUUAAAUAUAAU